AUGAAGAUACUGUCUCAUGCUUUUGAUAGCGAGUUAAGGGGAAGAGACUUUGCUGAGGUUUUAUUUAGGCAUUUUGCUUGGAAUUUCAAGGAACAAUACAAUAUUGAUGUCUAUUCAAAUGCCCGGGCUUUUGUGAGCAUGAGGGCAGCAUGUGAGAAAUUUAAGAUAGUCUUAAGUGCAAAUAUGGAGGCACCACUUAAUAUUGAGUUCUUAAUGGAUGAGAAAGAUGUAAGGGGUUUUAUUCGGAGAGAGGAAUUUGAGAAGCUAUCAUAUGAUUUGCUGGAGAAAAUUAGCAUUCCAUGUCAAAAGGCUUUACUGGACUCUGGCUUGCCUUUGGAUAAUAUUCAUAAUAUUGAGCUUGUGGGGUCAUGCUUUUGGCCACUGUUUGUCACAUUGUGUGCUAGUGUUGGUUAUAAUGUGUGCCACUGUUGGUAUAAUGUGUGCCACUGCCUAAUUGAGUUAGGGGGAAUUGAAAAAGAUGGAACUCCUAUUUUUGCUUGCCUUUGUUGCAUGUAA